UAUAUUCGACUAGUGUACGCCUAUGUCUCCAUGAACUAGCAGGAAUUUGUUGAACUUAAAUACCCUUUUCCAGGAAGAAUCUAAGAGAGAAUGAAAAUGGUGCAUGAUGAAGUCCGAAAAGGUCCGUGGACAGAACAAGAAGACGUCCUACUGCUGAACUUUGUUCGUUUGUUCGGACACAGGCGAUGGGAUUUUAUAGCAAAAGUUUCAGGUUUGAAGGUCUGGCGGGAGACAAUGAAAUAGGUUUGAACCGAACCGGGAAAAGUUGCAGGUUACGAUGGGUUAAUUACUUGCACCCUGGUCUCAAAAGGGGGAAGAUGACUCCCCAUGAAGAACGCCUCGUCCUCGAGCUUCAUGCCAAAUGGGGAAACAGGUGGUCAAGAAUUGCUCGGAAAUUACCCGGUCGCACCGACAACGAAAUCAAGAACUAUUGGAGGACUCAUAUGAGAAAGAAGGCUCAAGAAAAGAAACAAGCCAUCUCGCCAUCGUCAUCAUCAUCGAAUUGUCAUUCAUCAUCGUCAACUGUUACUGCAGUUGAUUCCUCGCCCUUCUCGGAUGCCGGAAAGGUAAGUUUCUACGACACCGGAGGCCUUCACAUGGAAGGAUUGGAAGAUGAAAAAGGUUACUCCAUGGAUGAUAUAUGGAAAGACAUUGAUAUGUCCGAAGAAAACUCAAUAAUAAAGCCUCUGUCUCUUUCUGAUAACUACAGUGAACAAGGUUGCAAUUUUUCAUGUCCUUCAAUGGCUUCUCCCUCGUGGGAAUACUGUUGGGACUUACUGUGGAAGAUGGAUGAUGAAGAGAGUAAGAUGAUCUUCACAACCAAUCAACUUGUUUCUCGUUAUGAAUACGGGAAAACAUCUUUAACCGGCUAAUUACAAAUUCAUUUAUUUGUUCAUACUGUAAUACUACUACUAUUUCCUAGGGAAACUCUAACCUGUGUAGCCGGGUUUUCUCCUUUCUUAUCUCAAUCCUGCAUAUAAUCGCUGCAAUAAUAAUAAUAUCACCUCUGUAUCUUGUUAUAUAAUCAAAGGUUUGAAUCUAGAAUCCUUUAAGCA